CGCUUCCAGUCAGACGAUGCUGUUUCCUGUGACCUGCCGUCUCUAUUGUAUAUGUGUGACUCCACAGGCCAGUGCCUCGACUAACUGUCAUGGACAGAUUUUGCAUGUAUUUCUGGAUGGUAUCAGAGGACAAACCCGGACUCUCUGAAGACGCAUGAGAUAGACGUGUAAAGUAGGUCAUGGAUUUCCCAGGACAUUUUGAGCAGAUCUUCCAGCAGCUGAACUACCAGCGGCUGCAUGGACAGCUGUGUGACUGUGUGAUCAUGGUUGGCAGCCGUCAUUUCAAGGCCCACCGUGCUGUGCUGUCCGCCUGCAGUACGCAUUUCCGAGCACUGUUUACUGCUGCCGAGGGAGACGCCAGUACCAGGAUGAUCCAUCUGGACUCGGAAGUGGUGACGGCUGAAGCGUUUGCUGCACUGAUGGACAUGAUGUACACGUCCACGCUGAUGCUAGGAGAGAGUAACGUCAUGGAUGUCUUGCUGGCCGCUUCUCAUCUGCAUCUAAACACUGUGGUGAAAGCCUGUAAGCACUACCUUACAACUCGCACUCUACCCAUGUCUCCCCCGGCAGAUCGUGGUGGUCAGCCGCAACAAGCAGCAGCAGCAGCUGCCAACUCUCAUCUCCAGCGCUCAUUUCUGCUGCAACAGCUCGGCCUGAGCCUGGUCAGUUCUGCCCUGAGUGGGGCUGAAGAUGGGGGAACAGGGACCGGGAGGAGAACGGGUUCAGCGUGCGCUAGCGGGUUGGUGGAUCAGCACGGUUCUCACCCGACACGCCGUUUCCUGAAGCGCAAACAGCCCUUGUCCCUGAUCGCUUCGGAACGGGGGAGGCCGCGCCUCUCCUCGCAGGUGGAGGGGCGUGUGGGUGGAGAGGAGCUUCUGUCUCCCGAUUCUCAGGGUAAAAUAAUGGAUGAGGUCGUCGCUGGGGUCAUUCCGGGGCAUGAUGGAGGUUUACUAGAGCAAGAUGAGUAUCGAAGGGGACUGACCCAUGAAGACAUGCAGCUUCCCACUCAGUCAGAUGGAGGGAGGGGAGCAGGACCGGAAAAAACGCUGCUGUUGCCACGUAAAGAGGAAUACCCGGAUGCGAGCCAUCACCAUAGCGAAGGGAUGAAGAUAAAGAAUGGAGGUGAGGAAGAAGAGGAGCAGCAGCAGCACAUGCAGGUCGUGGUGAAGAGUGAGCCACUGAGUUCACCUGAGGCUGUUGAUGAGACUAGCGAUGUUACGUCUCAGGCAGAAGGGAGUGACCAGGUGGAGCCAGUUGGAGAAAAGCUGGAGCUGAGUCCAGAGGGCAGUGAGCGCAGCUACUCCGAUCCCCAGCCCAGCUCUGAGCUGCUGAUUAAAGGAAACAAAGGCUUAGGAGCAGCAGAAGACAGAGGAAGAGGAGAGGAGCUCUCCUGCAGUGAUGCUCUGGAGUCCUCCUCUGGAUUGCAUAUCUCCAGUUUCCUCAGCGCGAAGGCCUUUGCUGGCAGAGGGGCAUCAUCUAAUCUUGCUAAUAGUGUUGACAAUAUUCCCAACACAACAACCGGAGAGUUUCAAGCAGACCACGAUCCUGCUCGUUUCUUCCUCCCAACCGAUUCCAUCAACACUUCAUCUUCCUCUCUGCAGCUUCUUACGGGCGAUGCACAGAUCUGCUCUGACCUGCAGCCAGAGUCACUUCUUCUGCGGCCACUAUAUGAUGGAAUAGCAUCAUCCUCUUCAUUAGCAACGUCCCGUGGUGGAUCGGUGGACCAGCUCGCGCUUGAGUUCCAGCGAAACAUUUUGGGAUUACAGGCCUUCCCUCGUUCAUCCAGGGGUGGCGCCGGAGGAUGCCAAGCAUACCGGCGCAUCGCUCCCAAAGGUGCUUCAACACUUACAGACAGCCCUCAGCAAUUUGACGCUGCCUCCUCAUCCUCUUCCUCCUCAAUGCUUCUCAAUGGAGUAAACUUUGAGGGUUCCGUCACCGUAGGUCAAAACGGCAGCAGCUCAAACUUGAACCCGCUCCCCCAGUUGACAAGAGCCUCUGCAGAUGUUCUGUCGAAAUGUAAAAAGGCACUUUCCGAGCACAACGUGCUAGUGGUUGAAGGCGCCAGGAAGUACGCCUGCAAGAUCUGCUGUAAGACGUUCCUCACUCUGACGGACUGCAAGAAACACAUCCGAGUUCAUACGGGAGAGCGCCCGUACGCCUGUCUGAAAUGCGGCAAGCGCUUUAGUCAGUCCAGUCACUUGUACAAGCACUCAAAAACAACCUGCUUACGAUGGCAGAGCAGCGAUAUGUCUAACGCCCUGCUCUAAUUCAGCACAAUCGCAGGCACUCCAAAGAUGCAUACAAGGAUGACCAGUUAGUUAGACCCAUUAGGUUCUGACUGUUCUUACUCUACUGAAUGGGAAGAUCUAUACACCAUGAUCUCACAGCCACUGUUAUAGUAGCUAUAGGACCUUUUUUAGGUGUUUCAUGACAUUGUUAACAUGCCAUUGAUGGUACAAAUUGAAGGGAUAGUUCACCCAGAAAUGUUAUUCUAAACUUGUGUGACUUAAAAUUAAAGCGUUUACACGUUCUUUUGGUUGUUGUUGUUGGUCAUACAGUAAACGUCAGUGGGGUCCGGUGUUUUUUAUGGACAAAUUUAGUUGAAUCAGUCUUCAGAAUAUUUUCUUUUGUGUUCCGCAAAAGAAAGUAAGUCAUACAGGUUUGGAAUGACAUGCGGGUGAGUAAAUGAUAACAGAAUUUUCAUUUUUGGGUGGACUAUCUCUUUAAGUUUCACUGUGAGAUGUUUUUAAUAGAAUACAGAGAUGGAGAUGUCUGCUUUAAGUGUUGCAAGCAGAUGUCAGACAGAACCUUAGUAGCUGAAUCAAAUGUCAUGAUAAUAGACGCUUCGAAGUCAGAAUUGUAUUGUCAGCUGUGUACUGUUGAUGUAUUUUAACUUUUGAUGCUUCAAAAAGUGAGAGUUGGUCAUUUUUCAUUUAGGUGCACCUUUAGGUCAGUGGUUCUCAACCAAGGGCCCCACUAGGUGGCAUCUUGCAAACUUCUAGUAAGUCUUAAGGGUAUUUAAAUUUAGUUAGAUUAACAUGAUCUUGAUUAAAAUGUUAAAAACACUUGAAGAUGUACAACAUUAAACUAACAUCAUAUUUUUGCUUCAUUUGUUUUAUUAUGAUAUAAGUAUCCAGCUAAAUCUCCAGCAAAAGGGGGUCCUUGGAGUCAAAAAAGAAGUCAAAAAGGUUAAGAACCACUGCUUUAAGCUCUGUUCCAAAACCGAGUUUAGAACUGAACUGAAACUUCACAUUGGAACAUUUGGAAGGAACAUAGGCAGUUGCUCUGCAUGCCACACAAAGUGCUUAUUUCAAUGCUGUUGCUUUCGCUUGUGAAACUUUUGUGUUCCUUUCAUUUGCACGUAAAACAAAAGCUUUAAAAUAUAAUGUUCCGUCCCAUCUCAUUUUUCCCAUCACCAUGUCCUUUUAGGGGCUCUGUAUAACUUACAGUUGAUUGCAAAGGAGUUUGACACAAAGUCCAUUUCAAGGAAUGUCCAUGGCCAGCUAUUUUUGGCAUCCAAGUCUAAAUCCUAUGUACUUGAAUGGUGAAAUUAAAUCUCAAAACUUGCCACAUUUCAAAUCAGCAACAAAAUCUGACAUGAACUGUCCCAUAAAUGUUUUUUGUUACACUCAAAAAGCUUAUAUUAAGGUUGUGUCAGGAUACUGACUCUUUCUGUGACAACUUGGCGAUUGGCUCUUUUAUUUAGAAGUUGGGACUUAUUUCACCAUAUUUUUAAUUGCACUUUCUCCCACUCAUAGUAAUUUCUUGUAUGUCUAAAGUAUUUGGUUUGAUGUUAGCAUGUUGCUAAGCUAACUGUGAUUACACACUGUUUUGGGGUAAAUACAGUUUUUAAAAUAUUUUUAAUCAAUACUUUGUGUAUUUAUUAUCAUCCAUUUUGAAUGCUUUUUUUUUUCCCACUGAGCUUGGCACAAUGCAUUCUAGUAUUGCCUUUAUUGUGCGGGAUACAUGUGAUGCUGCUUUAGAAUUUGGCCAGCACCAAAUUCCUUAUGGUUCAGUCUUCACAUCAAGAGAAUGCCUAUGAUGCCUUAAAAUGCUAUCUAGGUUGUCAGCUUGCUAGGUUUUGGAACACUGCUAAUAUGCAGAUGAGUAGCCUACCAGAAUCACUACUGUUACACCUUUACUGUUAGAAGUAAAAAAAAAAA